ACACUGGAGCUCACCUGUGCCUGACCACAAACAUAGCAUCUUCCAGCACUGCUCCACUUGCUGGACAGUGAGAACUGACACAGAAAGAAAAAAGCUGAGAAUCCUGCUCUGUAUUUGGCUACAAUGGCUAGGAGGUUCCUUUGCCUCCAAGCUCAAGGACAUUCCUGGCCAUUCCAUCUCCUCUUCCUGUUGCUGCUUAUAGCUAGGAUCCUGCAGGCUCUUGAAGUAUCUGGCUACAACACUGACACCACCAAGAAGGAGAUCCUCAUAGAGGGGGAUCUGGUGAUUGGUGGACUCUUUCCAGUCCAUCAGAAAGGUGAAGGAGCAGAGGACUGUGGUCGCAUCAAUGCCCAAAGAGGGAUACAGAGACUGGAGGCCAUGUUGCUAGCACUAGAUGAGAUCAAUAGAGAUAAUCGGAUCUUGCCCGGUGUCACGCUAGGUGCUCACAUUCUGGACACAUGUUCAAAGGACACCUAUGCGCUGGAACAGUCACUGGAAUUUGUGCGGGCUGUUCUGACCAAGGUGGAUGACAGUGAAUACACGUGUCCAGAUGGAUCCUAUGCCAUUCAUGAUGAUGUUCCCCCUGCCAUCUCUGGAGUCAUUGGUGGGUCCUACAGCGAUGUGUCCAUACAGGUGGCCAACCUUCUGCGACUUUUCCAGAUCCCCCAGAUUAGCUAUGCAUCAACAAGUGCUAAGCUCAGUGAUAAGUCCCGCUAUGACUACUUUGCACGCACGGUCCCCCCAGACUUCUAUCAAGCCAAAGCUAUGGCUGAGAUCCUACGCUACUUCAACUGGACUUAUGUGUCUACUGUAGCCUCAGAGGGUGACUACGGAGAAACUGGCAUUGAUGCUUUUCAGCAGGAGGCCAGGGCCUUGCAAAUCUGUAUCGCUACAUCUGCAAAAGUUAGCCGCUCAAUGGAUCGCUACAGUUACGAAGGAGUGAUAAGGUCUCUGUUACAGAAGUCCAAUGCUAAGGUUGUGAUCCUCUUUACUAGAAGUGAGGAUGCCAGGGAGCUUCUAGUUGCAGCAAACCGCAUGAAUGUGUCCUUUAUCUGGGUGGCCAGUGACGGCUGGGGGGCACAGGAGAGUGUGGUGAGAGGAAGUGAGUCAGUAGCAGAAGGAGCGUUCACCAUUGAACUUGCUUCAUAUCGAGUCGAUAAAUUUGCUGAAUACUUCACAGAUCUAAAUCCUUACAACAACACUCGCAAUCCCUGGUUUCGAGAGUUCUGGGAGCAUCAGUUCCAAUGCAGCCUGCACGAUGUUCACUGUGGGAAGCAUUCACUCAGACAUGGCAAGUUUGAGCAAGAAUCCAAGAUCAUGUUUGUAGUGAACGCUGUGUAUGCAAUGGCCCAUGCACUGCACAACAUGAGACAAGCAGUAUGUCUAAACAACACUAAAAUUUGCACUGCCAUGAGACCAGUAAAUGGAAAGAAGUUGUAUAAAGAUUAUAUCUUGAAGACAAAGUUUGAUGCUCCAUUCCGUCCAGCUGACACAGAGACCAUGGUUCUCUUUGAUGCUUAUGGAGAUGGUCUGGGUCGGUACAACAUCUUCCACUACCACGUAGAGAACGGCACAUAUGUUUACCGUAAAGUGGGCUUUUGGGCCCAGAGUUUGAACCUAGAUACAAAUCUGAUCCCUUGGGAUAACCAGGUGAUACCCACAUCUCAGUGUAGUGACCCCUGCAGGAUGAAUGAAAUUAAGAGCAUGCAGCCCGGUGAUGUCUGCUGUUGGAUCUGCAUCCCCUGCCAGCCCUACCAGUAUCUCCUGGAUGAAUUCACUUGUGCAGAAUGCAGUUUUGGUCAAUGGCCACUGGCCAACCUGACUGGCUGCUAUGACUUGCCUGAGGAGUACAUCAACUGGGAGGAUGCCUGGGCCAUUGGACCGGUCACCAUUGCCUGUUUAGGGAUCCUGUGCACACUCGUUGUGAUUGGUCUCUUCUUAAAGAACAAUGAGACUCCUGUAGUUAAAGCUAGUGGACGAGAACUUUCCUAUAUUUUACUCCUGGGAGUGCUCCUCUGUUAUGGCAUAACUUUCAUCUACAUUGCCAAACCUUCAGUAGUAGUGUGUACAUUACGUCGUCUUGGGCUCGGUACCUCCUUUGCAGUUUGCUACUCAGCACUUCUGACCAAGACCAACCGCAUUGCCCGUAUCUUCAAUGGUGUCAAAGAUGGUGCACAAAGGCCAAGGUUUAUUAGUCCAGCUUCACAGGUAGCUAUUUGUGCUGCUCUCAUUUCCUGUCAGCUGUUAGUGGUGAUGGUUUGGCUCUUGGUAGAGACACCAGGUGUAAGGAAAGAGGUCAGUCCUGAGAGAAGAGACAUAGUCAGGUUGAAAUGCAACAGCAAGGACUCCAGCAUGCUAAUUUCACUGACCUAUAACUGUGUCCUCAUUAUCCUCUGCACCUUCUACGCCUUCAAGACCAGAAAGUGCCCAGAGAACUUCAAUGAGGCAAAGUUUAUUGGUUUCACUAUGUACACCACCUGCAUCAUCUGGCUGGCUUUCCAGCCAAUCUUCUAUGUCACAGCCAGUGACUACAGGGUUCAGACCACCACAAUGUGCAUCUCAGUGAGUCUAAGUGGCUCAGUUGUGCUGGGUUGCCUUUUUGCUCCUAAGAUCCACAUCAUCCUGUUCCAACCACAGAAGAAUGUCACCACCAGUAUCAGGGUGGCCACCACUCGCUUCAGCGUGACCACGGGCCCCGGCUCCAGCCUCUCUCAAGCAUCCAACACUGUGUCAACAGUAUGUAACGGAAGAGAAGUCCUGGACUCGACAACAUCAUCUCUCUAAAAGAUGAGCUCUAUCCAUCUGCAAAAUGUGGUAUACAGAUUAACUUCAUCACUAGUCAGUAAAAUGUGUUUGCUGAUAUUAAGGAGGCCCCACACAGUAAGGAGUGGCGCUUUCAUUUUCAACGUGCUGUGGAAAAAAUCCCUUUUUUUCAUUUUCUCUUGUUCUCUUGCUCAUAUUCUCACUCUCUUUCUCUCUCCACGGCUUCUUCUUCUGCUUCAUCUCUCUCUCUCUCUCUCUUGCUCUCUCCUCUCUUUCUCUUUGAGACUAGUUAGAAAAUAAUAAUGGGAUUCCAGCGGAAGCUUGUAUACCACUAUUUUUUUAUAGAAUAUAUGAUAAAGUAUUA